AUGACAUCUUCACCUAAGGGAACAGAUCCACCUCCAACACACAGUGGGGGAGACAUGGUGCCCAUUGUCAUCUGCAUUUUUCUGGGGGUCCUUCUCUGCUUGGUCCUUGUCAUUCUGGCUGGGCAGGUGCAAAAUGCCAGAGCACAGCAGAGAGGAUCCAUAACAUUCAUGAAGCCCUUUUCUGAGGCUCUGUAUGAAGAGAUUAACUACAGCCCAGUGAAGGAGAAGCAGGAAUUCUCUGUUCAUUCAGAGGCUUCUGUACUGCCCCGAGAUGCCCCCAGUGAUGGUUAUGAUGAUGCUGGAGAAAUUUCUGAUCCAAAACACAGUUCUGCUUUUCACCAGAACGAUGAGAAAGUCAGUGAAUCCUCAGAGAAAAGUGAUGGGACAAGGAAUUCACAGACAGAUGAUCUGUACUCCCUAGAAAGUGAAGGGACCACUAGAACGGACAGAAAAGACCCAUCCCUGUGUUCUGGAGACAUAGAAUGCGAUGAUGUUGAAGAUGGCGUCGGUGGGACAUUGAUAUAA